AUGGAGCCGGCCGUGGUGGCGGCGCAACUGCGCUCGGCUGUGCGCGACCUGCGCGUCCGCGGACUGAAGCAAGCCACGCAGUUCGCGGCAGAGCUGCUGCUUGGCAUGGGCGACGCCGCACAUCGCCGCUCGUCGCUGGAGCCGAGGAGAUGCGACGAAGCGGAGGACGAGCUGGAGGACUGGGCGGAAGCCGAUCGCUUCGAGGCGGCCAAGGCCUGUUUCGACGUGGGCGAGUACCUCCGCGCUCACCACAUGCUGGCACAGGGAGACGGGUCCUUUUCGCUUGGCCCGGAGGGUGAGGAUGUGUGCCGUAUCCCCACGCAGAAGACGCGCUUCCUCAAGUACUACGCCCUGUAUCUGGCGGGUGAGAAGGCAAAGGAGGAAAUGGAUCUGGAGAUGAACGUGACAGGCAGCACCAAAGAGGUGGACCGCAACUUGCAUCGCCAAGGCACAAAUCCUCACCUCAAGGAGCUGUAUCUGUCGCUAAGCGCUGCCUACCAGCACAACUCGCUGGACGGCUUCGGUCUCUAUCUCUACGCUGUUGUUCUCAAGCGACUGGGCUACAGCACUAGCACUGGCAGUACCCAAGUCCAAUCGUCCACCCCAGUUAGUAUGAAGACUCGCCACCGAGCAGAUUUUGCUGAGGAACGGCGGCGUCAGCAACUCCAUGCCCCUGAUAAUGGUAGCAGCAACCAGGGACGCAGUAAGAGUGAGACUGGCGCAGCACCCACGCUAACGUUUGACGUGACUACGCGGUUUAUCCUGGUUGAAUCUAUUCGACGUUACCCGUGGAAUUGGUCAGCUUGGAUGGAGCUAGCAGCCCACUCACCUUUCACAUCCAAUGAGGAAGAAGUGAUCUUGGCGACCAGUUGCCCCUGGAUGUUCCAACUCUUCCAAGCUCAUGUGCUACUGGACCAGCAGCAGAAUGAUGUUGCGCGGGCUCUUCUGACAAGUUUGGAAGAGCAAUUCCCACAGAGUACCUAUCUGUUGGCGCAGCAGGCACUGACUAGCUACCACAUUCGGGACUUUGAUCAGUCGCAGGAGCAAUUCGAGCGGCUUGCUGCCCAAGAUCCGCAUCGGAUGGAGAACAUGGACGUUUAUUCGAACGUGCUUUAUGUGAAGGAGGACAAAACAGAGCUUAGUCGAUUGGCGCACCGAGCACUCAAAGUGGAAAAGUACCGACCGGAGACGUGCUGCAUCAUUGGCAACUAUUACUCGAUCAAGAACAAGCAUGACCGCGCCAUUAUCUACUUUCAUCGUGCUUUGAAGCUGGAUCCCAACUUUCUGUCGGCAUGGACACUCAUUGGCCACGAGUAUAUCGAAAUGAAGAACACCAGUGCAGCUAUCGAAGCCUAUCGCCAUGCAGUCGACCUCAACGUGCGGGACUAUCGAGCUUGGUAUGGUCUUGGGCAAGCGUACGAGAUUCUCAACAUGUUCCUCUACAGUAUCUACUACUACCGUAAAUCGGUGGUGAUCCGCCCGUACGACGCGCGCAUGUGGUGUGCCCUAGGUGGGUGCUAUGAGAAGCUGAAUAAGGUCGACGAAGCUCUCGCGUGCUUCCACCGCGCAGUAAACAAUCAAGAUCGUGAGGGUAUCGCUUCCUACCAUCUAGGGCGACUCUAUGCCUCACGAGGACAGCAACAUGAAGCCGCCAAGUUCUACCAGAUGCACCUCGGUCUUCGAAGUAGCUCCGUAUCUGGGCGGAAUAGCGAGGACGAAAGAGAGGUGCUCGUGCUUCCUGGUGGCAGUGGUGGAAAUAUCCGUGUCGAUACCCCACAAGCGCUCGCAGCAAUUUUGUUCCUCGCCAACUAUUACAAGCAGCUAGGUCGCUUGACCGAGGCCACAAUCUUCUGCAACCGGUUACUGGACAUGCAGGGGCCGGAAAAGGAGGAAGCCAAGGCACUCUUGCGCGAGAUGCACAGCCUCGAGGCAACUCGUAUGCAAUUCGCUUCGACGACAGAAUCCUAG